AUGCCUGGAAAUUUUGGCCAGAAAAUCCUCAAAACCUUCGGGUUAGACGAUAAUCAACAUGGACACGGACAGGGCCAGCCUCCCCAACAAUACCAGCACUAUCAACCACCUCCACAGCAAGGAUAUCCAGGCCAGCUUCCUGGGAACCGUCACAUUGAAGAUGGUGACAGGGACCUUCACCCCGACAAACACGGUACAUACCCCCGUCUCGCCAGACUGGGUGAUGGAUCGUUACUCACCUCGUUCACCCACUUCCAGGGCAAGACACGCGUGCUCGCCGUAUCGAGAAGUACGGACGGCGGUCGGACCUUCCAGGACUGGGGAGAAGUAAGCCGCGGCGAGGGCGACGUCGACAACGUGUUUCUUCUGGAGGUCGCACCGGGCACUGUGUUGGGGGCAUUCCGCAACCAUGACAUUGGGCCCCACGGCCCCACGUACUUCCGUAUCACAGUUUGCCGGUCGACCGAUGCCGGUAGGAGCUGGCACUUCCUGUCGCAGGCGGCAGAGAAGGGUGCACCAAACGGCAUCUGGGAGCCCUUUAUGCGGCUGGGCAGACAGGGCGAGGUCCAGCUGACGUAUUCGCUGGAAUUCGCGCAUAACAACCAGAGCACGAUGAUGGUGCAGUCAUUCGACGGCGGUGCCACCUGGACUCAGCCGCGGUGUCUGCAUGGGGACUGUGAUGCGUUGCGUGAUGGGAUGAACGGCAUCGCACCGACUUGGGACAACGGUCGCGAGGCGCUGGUGAUGAUCUUCGAGACUACCUCCUUUGGCACUUUCAAUUUGGAAGCGUUGAUCUCCUACGACGAUGGUCAGACUUGGGGCUGGCGUCAUCGCGUGUAUGUUCCGCCUCAGGGUCACAAUGCCGGUGCUCCUCAGAUUGCCUCCUUCGCUGAUGGAUCGCUGGCGGUUAUCUUCAUGACGGACGAGGAUCACAAUGAGGUCUCGUGGACGCAGAAUGCCUCUAUCAAGGUCGUCUUCGCUGGUCCGCCGCAGAAUGGCCAGAUUCAAUGGUCCAAACCGACGGUUAUCUGCCCUCAUACUAGUCACUGGCCGGGUAUUGCACCAGUGGAUGGAAACACCCUAUUCGCGACCUUCGAGUGUGAGGGUCGCCCGAAGGCGAAGGCGAUCACCUUACACUAG